ACUUUAGUCUUCAUUAUAAAUAAAAUCAUAAAGUACCAUUACCUUUAUAACAAAUGUAAUAAAUUUUUUGUCCACUUUUCCAACAUUCAAUUCCCCGAAGUUCCAAAUUUUUGGAAUUACUCUACGGUGUUUUUGAUCCACCAUAAAUGAGAUGUAUGUAAUUAGGCGGACUGCUCACUAAUUGAGGUAGCAAUAAAAAAGUGCGACAGCAUAAAUGUGUAUUAAUUUCCAAAAUAUCUUAUGUAUUACAGUAUAAUUCCCGCCCUGUUGAAGACCAGUUAAAUAUUCAAAACGCUUAACAUACCCAGAUACCCCAGAUAUUGCGGAUUAAUAUUAUAAACCUUAUCGCAGAUUUAGUUCUGGCUGCAUAAAGGUUAGAAUUUAAAAUUCGCAAGUAUAUGUACAACAUUAUUUACUUUUAAUUCUGGGAAAAACUAUAUGCAAUGUUUGCAUUAUUUUUCUACAUGGCCCGCACAUAUUUGUUAUAAAUAUUAGGUAAGCAAUAUCAAGUCGAAGCUGCCUACGAAAUGGUUGGUGAUAUAUGACGAUAAUGAUAAUGCUUGUAAAUCCAUUUACAAGUUCCAGCACGAAAAUUCUUUAUCUGCCGCUAACAAAUUAAUUUCAUUAUAUGGUCUUUGGUGAAGCCGCCCAUACUAGAUUACAUCUUCAUAAUAAAAUUUACCGAAGACCUUAUGUCAAAUAGAACACGUCAAACAGAAAUCGGCGAUCGAUGCCAAACGGAAUUAUGAACCGACCUAACGUCCUACUUCGGAUCGUAUGCUGCAUUGUUUCUUCCCAGUUAUUGGUUUUGGACGCAGCCUAUCCAACGUUUGGGUUCAAACACGUCUACCCGAAAACAGUUUAUGAUAACAUGAUCAAAUUGGAAAAGAGAAAGAGAGCUUCAAAAAAUCUUCAAAAAAUAUUAGACGACCGAGAGGGAGAGUACUUUAAGUCGAAAUCAAUGCAAUACGCAAUCAGCGAUCCCGUAAAUUCAAGACGAACCAAUGCAAUAAUAUUCGCAAAUAUUGUGGAAAUCGAAGCCUUAUUCAAUAGAAAUGUUAUGCCAAUACCAAUGGCACAGGGAGGGUUCAAUUCCGCGCAUCUAUGUACCAAACCUUUUCAAAUGGUAUCGGUUGAACGAGUCGUUGAGACCAAGGCCAUGAGAUCCGUUAUUGAUUUAGGGCAGAAGUCGUUUCCUGCUGAUUGCAAUGAAACGGUGGGAUUACACAUUUUGAGACCGACAUUAGCAAAGACGUGAGAAGUCAUUUGAUUAAUUACGUUAAGAAUCACCCGAAAUCGAGACUUCGUCUGCUCUCCAAACUUCUCCCUCCCACGCCUCCAUCACAGCGAGUUCGUCAACCUGGAGAGUUCGUGAUCCUUUCCGCUGAUGAUGGACAAACAAUUACAAAAGCCUUACCAGGAUAAUUGUCGAUGCAGGAGGCGAACGGGUCAAUCCAUGACAAAGCCAGCUGGAAGGGGACAACGGAAGAAGGGGCUGCGAGAAACUUGCAAUCGUGGAAGUUCAUACACUACAUCCCGGAAAACUAGACUAGCCAGACAUGCAGAUAAAAACGGAUAGGAUUAUUUUCCAAUAACGUGUUCUCGUAGGCUGUGCAGAGCGAGACUUGGUAUUUGGAAUGGUCGACCGGCGCCAAUAUAUAUUCUAUAUGUAAACACGUAUGUUAUUAUAUUAUAUUUAUUUAUUAUAUUAUAUUAUUAUAUAUAUAUACAUAUUCAAUAUAGAUAUAAAAUAUAUAUAUCCAACUAACACAAAACCAACUGCAUAUUUGUUCCCACAUACCUCGUGCUAUCCUUCAAUGCUAUCGUGUGCUUAUUCAUUGAGGGCAUGCGUUCCGGACAGAAUGACAGACUGGGCUAUUCUUAUAAUAAAUAUUUAUUACAAUAGAAGGUUUUAAAAAAUAGCAAGUGCGGGUUAUUUAAAUAAUACCUUGGAAGUUUAACUUAUUUGGAGUAAGGCUGGUGACAACAGCUGAUGUUAUGUCGUUUAUUAUCGCUAGCUAACUGUCUACCCGGAAUUUACAAUUCCCCCAAAGCCUAAGCAUCUUCUAGCCCAAGCAGUACAUUAAAUGUGCCCCUCGAAACUCCCUGAAUAUAUUUCAACACCGUCGCCCUAGUAAUCUUAAA